GCUAAACGCUACGUUAGUUUUGAUUUCCAUAAAAGCUGUCAGUUGAACUUCAAAACAUCCUUGUUGAAGUCUCUUUCUAUUUAUGAUUGCAUCUGUCAUUCUCAAAGCGCUAUAAUCAGAAGGCGGUAGGACCAAGACGCCUUCCCUUAUGAAGAAGAGAUUUUAACAAAAAAAUACUAUUAUCAAAAUUCAAGAGUUUGCUCGCUGAAAUAAAGCUGCUAAAUCAAAUAAAAACACUCCAAAAAUCAAGAAAAACUUUACAAGAUGUCUGCUGAAUCUUCUCGCCCUGCAUCUCCUCAUCAUUCCCACAAUUCCAUCAAGACUGAGGAAUUGGAUGAUCAUCGUCAUCAAGCUUCAUCUUUGCCAGUUCGUGGUGGUUCAUUGUCUCAUCAUGAUAAUCAUGGUAGAUUACCUCCUCCAGCUAUCCAUAUUUCGGAUUCUCGUAGGGCUCAUUUAAGUGCUCAAGAUGAUUCUGAUGAUGAAUAUGCCAUUCAAGGAUCUCCAAUUGCUCAACCAACUGGAUUCCGUUCAAACACUCAGGUUAGACCUUCAAGAUUAAGUCAUUCACUUUCUGAUCAACAUGCUGGUCAAGCUCCAACUUUUGUUAGAGGUCCUGGUGGUUCUUUAGCUGCUGCUGCUAGAAGAGGUCGCUCAAGAUCAAGAUCAAGAUCAAGAUCAAGAUCUUUUACUGAACAAGUGAGAACUUUGAUGAAUCCAAGAGAUUCUGAACAAGCUCAACAACCAGGUAUCUUGAUGAACAAGAACUCUACUGGUGUUCAUGCUCAAAAAAGACCAAGCAAAGGUUCAUCUGAUGCUUCUCCUGUGAUUCAACCUUUAAACAAGACAUUAUCACGUUCAUCUGCAAAAUUUAACCCUGAACAAAAUGCUAUUGAUAAUGAAAUGGUUGAUUUCGAUCGUCGUCGUCGUUUGACCCGUGCUUCAUUAGUUGAUAGUGAUGCUGAUUCUCAUGCUUCAAGAGAUUCUCAAGAAACUGAAGAAGAUGUUUGUUUCCCAAUGUUGCCAGAACAUGUCAAGAUUAAUGGUAUUGAUUUUGAUGAAAUUGAAGAAUUUAUUCAAGAAUCAAGAGCUGAAGCUGAAGCUUUGAAAAAAGAACGUGAUUUAAAUUCUUCAGAUUCAAGCUAUGAACAUAAAUCUGCUGCUGCUACAAAGUAUACUCCUUUGAAACAAACUGAUUCAGGAGCUGUUAACAAUGGGUCCUCAUCUGAUGAUGAAAACCCAGGUGUUUCCUUUGGUAGCAACAAGGUUGAAGGUGAAGAAGUCCCACCUGAUCGUUUUAGCUUUUUCUGCUCUGAAUCUGAUGAAACUAUUCAUGCUCCAGAUAUUCAAUCAUUAGUUAAACCAGGUGAAUCAAUCAAAAAUUUGUUUAGAAGUGGUCAACCAACUUGGUGGUUGGAUUGUAUUUGUCCAACAGAUGCUGAAAUGAAAGUUUUGGCUAAAGCUUUUGGUAUCCAUCCUUUAACUGCUGAAGAUAUCCGUAUGCAAGAAACUCGUGAAAAAGUUGAAUUAUUUAGAUCAUAUUAUUUUGUUUGUUUCCAUACUUUUGAAAAUGAUAAAGAAAGUGAAGAAUUUUUGGAACCAAUCAAUGUUUAUAUUGUUGUUUUCCGUGAAGGUGUUUUAACUUUCCAUUACGGUGCAUACUCUCAUGCUGCUAAUGUUAGAAGACGUGUUAGACAAUUGCGUGAUUAUGUUGAUGUUUCUGCAGAUUGGUUAUGUUAUGCCCUUAUUGAUGACAUUACUGAUAGUUUUGCUCCAGUUAUCCAAUCCAUUGAAUAUGAAGCUGAUGCUAUUGAAGAUCAAGUUUUCUUAACAAGAGAAAUGGAUUUCAGUCAUAUGUUGCAAAAAAUUGGUGAAUCUCGUCGCAAAGUUAUGACAUUGAUGAGAUUAUUAUCUGGUAAGGCUGAUGUUAUCAAGAUGUUUGCAAAGAGAUGUCAAGAUGAAGCUCAAGGCAUUGGUCCUGCUUUAACUUCAAAUAUCAAUUUGGCUAAUCUUUCAGCUAAAGCUGCUGCUUCAUCUGCUGGUCAACAACAACAACAUGCUCAACCAAGAGCUGAUAUUGCCUUAUAUCUUGGUGAUAUCCAAGAUCAUGUUGUUACUAUGUUUCAAAACUUGUUGUCUUAUGAAAAGAUUUUCUCUCGUUCUCAUUCCAAUUAUCUUGCUCAGUUACAAGUUGAAUCCUUCAAUUCUAAUAAUAAAGCUACUGAAUUAUUGUCUAAAGUGUCAUUAAUUGGUACCAUUUUGGUUCCAUUGAAUUUAGUUACAGGUUUAUUCGGUAUGAAUGUUAGAGUUCCUGGUCAAGAUGGUCAUAAUUUAGCCUGGUUCUUUGGUAUCGUCGGUUUCAUCAUUUUGUUGGUUGUGUUUUUCUCAUUCUCUGCAAAUUGGUGGUUAUUCAGAACUGAUAGAGAACAAGAAGAAGCUGCUGGUGAUUCUGGUAGACGUUCUAUGUUGAGCUUUGGUGUUGGUAGAAGAACUACUCAGCCAAUUAGAGAAACUAGAGAAACUAGAUCUGUCAUCAGUUAUCCUUCACGUCUCAAUAGAUAUGAUUAA